CGUACGUCACUUUGGACAAAAGCGUCUGCUAAAUGAAUAAAUGUAAAUGUAAAUGUAAUAGGAAACAUUUACGAUUAUUGCAUAAUUACUUGUCUAUUGUCAAAAAUGUGACAGAGCAACUCAGAGUAAUAUACAUAAACCAAAUAAGGUUAGUUUUGCCUACCAACAAUAUUAUAACGAGUGAAAGAUUGAUGUGUCUUCAUUGUCUAAGCUUUGUGACUAGCUUUGUUUCCAUUCUCGGGCUGGUUUCUCUGUUCCUCAGUAUUUUAUGACUAUUGUGCGGUUCAUUUCUGCUUAUUUGUGCUCACUUCGGCAACACAAGGAUGGGUCUGAACCUGCACUGUACGCCGGUCAAUCAUUUAACGUGACACUGGGGAAAGUACCGUGCAUACAACUACUUCACAGCUCAGAGGGCCUCGCAGGCACCUUGUACAGGUCCCAUGAUGAAGCUCAUCUACGUGCCCGUUGACGCACCAAGUCAUCAGCUGCCAAGCAACCUGCUCGUUGCACCGAGACCCAUCCAACCACCCCAGGAGCGUGAUGCGUGAAUCAAGGUGCCUGGGAAAGCGAGAUCCGUAGCAGUCAGUCUCUAACAGCCUCUGCCAGGACGUGGCUCUGCUGCUGGUGUAACAAGAGUCUGGACCGGCCCGGCCCGAAACAUCGUUAGCGGUGCCCAGCCAAGCGGAGACGAUGAGCAGGCAGGAGAAGCAAGCAGUGGAUCUCAAAGGAUAUGAGCACACGCCAUUGGGCCAGCAGCCUGCAGAGCAUGGCUUAGAAUCCACUGUCCACCAGCACCUGCAUAGACUGUUUGGCCCAGAGACAGCAGAGUACUUCCUGAACCCAGCCCUUGUGAAAACACGUGCGUCACCAUGGCUCCUGCAAUGGAUGGCUCAGGUGGGAGAACAGGUUAGCGGACAGGUGUUGUGGAACACACUGAGAAGGAACUCCAACGCCCGGCUACUGAAAAUGGAAACUGGUUGUCCGAAGGUGGCGCGCGAGGCUGAGAACAUCGCAGGAGUCGAUGCCCAUAAGCAUGAGCGGAGUCACCUGCACCAUCUGUCUCGGGUCAGAUGCAUGUUUCAGACCGCACAACUCAACCAGGCCAAGACCACCCGGCUGCUUGCCGAAAACCCCCUGCCGCAGCUCUCGGACCGCUGGGAAUGGGGGGGUCCUCAUGGGUACCUCCCACAGAUGAGGGACAUGCAAGAAACAUCUGCCAGGGAUGUACAAAGAUUCAAACAUGGGAAACUCACAUAGCUGCAGUUUAUUCAGGAAUCACGGAUAGAGUCAUAUGUGACUAUAUAAAAAAGUAGCUUUUAUGCUUAUAAGGUGCUUUGCAACAAAAUUUUAGCUCAAUGGACAAAAGUAAAUUUUUUAACACUGGUGAUCGCAAGCAGUUUUGCUAAAAAAGAGAAAAACAUCAAGAAGUUUUGGUACUUCAUCUUGUUUUUACUGAACUUGUAAAUGUGCACCAUUAUAGGCCCCAAGUGUCUAAGUGAUACUCACAAUGCAUUGUACUUUUUCAGUGAUAAACACUAAUUAACAACUGCUGAAGGGCUACAAGUCGCAGAUAUAUGAAUCAGUGUACAUGCAGAAAAAAAUGCGUGUAGAUGUUAAUUGCUGCAAAAAGGAAGCCUUAUGUCAUAUUCUCCACCAAAAAUCUAUAGCAUACUUUAACGAACAUAACCAUUUACGGACACAAUGUGUUAACCAUUGCUUGCUGUUUCAGUUUUAACUGACAAAGUCAUUGCUUUAAAAUUUAUAUUAACUGUAACUUCCAUGAAUCAAAUUAUAUUAAAUUAUUAUAUAAUUUAUUUUACCUCCAUUUAUUGGGGAUUUUUGUGAAUGACAGUAAUGCUUUUUAAUUCCUUGAAAAAUACUGGCAAUCACGAUCCAAAAGAGGGCAGUGUC